UCCUUUCAAUGCAAGAAGUUGGGGAGCCGAAGAAAAUGUCGGUGCUGCUGCAGCAGUAAAUUACUGAAGCAGUAGCGGUUUAAGGGGAAAAAGAGGAGGAAUUGGAGUUUUCUUGGAUUAAAUAGUGGGAAACGUUGGGAAAAGUCGAACUCCGAGAAACUGGUGGAUUCAACUCCAAACUACUGCACGUUUUUGGGGUAGUGUAUGGAAGAUGUCUGGGACAUUGAAUUGGAUUCCCUGGGAAAGAAAGCGGAAGAUUCGAGUGCUCUGUUCCCUGUGUGUGCUGCUGUUCUGCCUGCAGGAUAGUAAUGCUGUUACAGAUGACGUUCCAGUGUUCACUGAGGAGCCGUUCUCGGUGGUACAGAAGCUGGGGGGCAGCGUGACCCUGCGCUGCAGUGCCCUGCCUAACCAUGUCAACAUCAGCUGGCAUCUGAAUGGCAAAGAGCUGCCAGCUGGGGGCGACGAGGAGCUGGGAGUGCUGGUGCGGCCCGGUUCUCUCUACAUCCCCUCCCUUACAAACCUCACCGUGGGCAGAUACCAGUGUGUGGCCACCACCAGCGUCGGGUCCUGCGCGAGUGUGCCGGCCAAUGUUACUGCAGCGAAACUGCGGGAUUUCGAGCCUGACGACCAGCAGGAGAUUGAGGUGGAUGAAGGGAACACAGCAGUAAUCGAGUGCCAUCUGCCUGAGAGUCAGCCUAAAGCUCAGGUCCGCUACAGUGUCAAGCAGGAGUGGCUGGAGACCUCUAAAGGGAAUUACCUGAUCAUGCCUUCAGGAAAUCUGCAAAUAGCCAAUGCUACACGGGACGACGAGGGCCCGUAUAUUUGUGCUGCUUACAACCCCGUCACGCAGGAAAUAAAAACUUCCACCUCUACUGACCGUCUAAGAAUACGACGGUCAACUUCUGAAGCGGCUCGUAUCAUCUAUCCUCCGGCAUCACGCUCCAUUAUGGUGAAUAAAGGCCAGCGGCUUGUGCUGGAGUGUGUGGCCAGCGGGAUUCCCACUCCACAGGUCACAUGGGCUAAAGACGGCCUGGACUUGAGGAAUCAUAACAACACCAGAUUCUUGCUCAGCAAUUUGUUGAUUGAUGCUGCAAGCGAGAGCGACUCGGGCACUUACGUGUGUCUCGCUGAUAAUGGCAUCGGCUCCACAAGCUCUGCUCAAGUGCUGUACGAUGUGCAGGUGUUCGAGCCUCCUCAGGUGCGUGUGGAGCUGCAGCAGCAGGACGUGGCGUGGGGGGAUACAGUGCGCUUCAGCUGUCAGGUGAGGGGCAAACCUGCGCCCACUGUGGUUUGGCUCCACAACGCUCAGCCGCUGAGCCCAUCGCCCCGCCAUCGGGUGUCUGCACAGGUGCUGCGUGUGCUCAAUGUCGGCCCACAAGACGAUGGCAUGUACCAGUGCAUGGCGGAGAACGGUGUGGGCAGCUCACAGGCAGCUACACGACUCCUCACUCUGCCUACAGUGCCCUCUCGAAAGAUGCCCAUGAUUCGUCCCCUGAGUCCAGAUAAGGUGUUGCGUGAGCAGCCGCCGCUGAAGCCACCAGUGUCCACCAGUGCGGUGCUGCCCUUCGACUGCUCUGAAGUACGAGUCUCUCCUGCUGAAGCUCCAGUCAUUCUCAGUCAGCCGCGCACAGGCAAAGCAGAUUACUAUGAACUGACUUGGAAACCCCGUCAUGAUGGAGGAGCGCCUGUGCUGGAGUACAUCAUCAAGUACAGAAAGGCCGGAGAGUCUCCUGGAGAGUGGACCACCAACACUAUUUCAGGGUCUCAGCACAAGCUCAUACUAACCAAACUGCAGCCUGCCAGCCUCUAUGAAGUGGAAAUGGCUGCUAGGAACUGUGCUGGACUCGGGCAGCCUGCCAUGAUGACCUUCAGGACAGGCAAAUGGCGAAGAGGGGGACCAAUAGGACCUCCAAAAACACCAGUGGUGCAGCCUCGUCUCUCUCCUCCAGAAGCUCCAGACAGACCCACAGUGUCGAUGGCCACCGAGACCUCCGCUUAUGUGACGUGGAUCCCUCGAGGGAAUCGCGGUUUCCCCAUCCAGUCGUUCCGCGUGGAGCACAAGAAGCUGAGGAAGGGCAGUGGAGACUGGGAGGUGGCGGUAAACAACAUCCCUCCGUCCCGACUCUCGGUGGAGGUCACCGGCCUGGAGAAAGGAACAUCAUACAAGUUUAGAGUUUUGGCUGUUAAUGUGUUGGGAGCGAGUCCACCCAGCGCCCCCUCCAAAGCCUACACAGUGGUGGGCAGCGGGCCUCCAAACAGACGUCCCAUUGACGGACCCUACAUCACCUACAACGAAGCCAUCAAUGAGACCACAAUCAUCCUCAAAUGGACGUACACUCCACUCAAUAACACCCCCAUUUAUGGAUUCUACAUCUUCUACCGACCCACCGAUAGUGACAACGACAGCGACUACAAAAAAGAUGUGGUGGAAGGUGACCGAUAUUGGCACUCCAUCACAGACCUACAACCCGAAACAGCUUAUGACAUUAAGAUGCAGUGUUUCAAUGAAGGAGGAGAGAGCGAGUUCGGCAAUGUCGUCAUUUUAGAAACUAAAGCUCGCCCUCACCAGAGGACCACUCCCCCGGAGACUGCAUCAUCCAGACCCGAGCAUCCAGGAAACCCUGUUCCCCGGCCUGGAGAUCUGCCUUACCUCAUAGUGGGUGUUGUGCUCGGAGCGUUCGUUUUCAUCAUCGUGGCAUUCAUCCCAAUCUGCCUGUGGAGAGUCUGGGCUAAACAAAAACAAACAUUAGACAUGCGCUUUCCAACUCUGGCCGCUACGGUUUCUCCAUGCCAGUAUACCAUGGUCCCGCUGCAGGGAUUGGCUCUGGGUCGGGCCUGUCCUGUAGACCCUCAUCUGAGCCCGUCCCACACCGUAUACGCUCCUAAAGCAGAAUACAUUCCCAAUGGAAAACAUGCCGCUCAGCGCCUGCCACCUGGACACCAGGAGGAUCCCAACUAUGAGCUGGAGUGUGAUGCUCUGCUGCCUCAGAACCUUCCCAAUCAGCAACAAAACAUUCACAAUUACUGUAACGGGGUUCCUGGCUGUCCUGAAGAGGGGUUCUGUGUGUCUGAUGAUUCUCCUCUGCGGCUCUUCAGUCUGUCAGACGCUCCACUGCAGUCUCAGGACGACCACUCGCUCAACGAAUGCAUUCACACAGAAGAAGAGCUCACUGCCGAUUUAACCCUGUUAUCAAUAGCCGAGGCCAGCAUAAACCGGCUACUCCAACAAGCUGAGCCACAACAAGAGGGAACAACUGAGAACACAAAGCAGCUUGAGGAACAAGGGACACAUGAUCCAGAAGAUGGAUGAAACAAGAAUACU